UAUUUUUCUCGUAUAAAUACCACCGCUCAACUCAAAAGCCAUUCAAUUUAAUUCCGUCACCAUUUUCAUCUCCAUACAAUCUGAGUAAUGCUGGCCUUGUCUAAGCCAGUAAUGCAACACUUUCCAUUCACAAAAUCUUCUUGCAAAGCCUCUACAUUGUGCCCUGCAAUUCCUCUUAUUGACCUCUCCAAACCUGAUGCUGAAACCCUCAUAAUCAACGCCUGCGAAGGCUUCGGUUUCUUCAAGGUCAUCAACCAUGUAGUCCCCCUGGAAUUCAUUUCCAGGCUGGAAGCUGAAGCCUUCAAGUUCUUCUCUUUACCCCUCCCCGAGAAAGAGCAAGCUGGCCCCCCUUGCCCCUUCGGCUACGGCAACAAAAGUAUCGGACCAAACGGCGAUGUGGGUUGGGUUGAAUACCUCCUCUUCACUGCCAAUCAAGAGUCUAAUGUCCAACGAUUUGUUUCGGCCAAAAACCCUGAAAAUUUUAGUGUUGCUUUGAAUGAUUAUAUAUCAGCAGUGAAGAAAAUGGCGUGUGAGAUUCUGGAACUUAUGGCGGAGGGACUGAAGAUUCAACAAAAGAAUGUGUUCAGUAAGCUACUGAUAGAUGAACAGAGUGACUCUGUUUUCAGGCUAAAUCACUAUCCGCCUUGUCCGGAUAUUCAAGUUCUGAAUGGCAGCAGUAGCAAUAUGAUUGGAUUUGGAGAACACACAGACCCUCAGAUUAUUUCUGUGUUGAGAUCCAACAACACUACUGGCUUGCAAAUUUCUCUCAAAGAUGGGAGUUGGAUUUCAGUUCCUCCUGAUCAAAACUCCUUUUUCAUCAAUGUUGGAGACUCAUUACAGGCACAAAUUUAUGCGGUGCUGACCAAUGGGAGGUUUAAAAGUGUCAAACAUAGAGUCCUGGCAAACAGCUUAAAAUCAAGAGUUUCUAUGAUUUAUUUUGGUGGACCACCAUUGAAUGAGAAAAUAGCUCCAUUGCCUUCGCUCAUGAAAGGCCAUGAACAAAGCUUGUACAAAGAGUUUACAUGGUUUGAAUACAAAAAAUCUGCUUACAGUUCUAGGCUUGCAGAUAACAGGCUGAUGCACUUCGAGAAAAUAGUUGCCUCAUAAUGUAUUCAAUACUCAAAACAAAGGCUUAGAUUGAGAGUUACACUUGGUGUUAUCAUGUAAUUACCUUUCUUGUUUACUGCAUAAACACAAAUCACAUUGCUCAAUACAAGAUUGUGCUUAUGUUUAAGGCUUAA